UAUUGUAUGUUUCUAUUCGUACAUCAUACUCAUGCAGGUCGCAUGUUACAAAACUCGUGCGGAAUAAAUUUUGGGUACUCUCCUAUUUGUCAACACCGCUCUGUUUUUUCAUACCCCCCGCCAAAAAAAAAAAAUGAAAUUCAUCAUGAAGUGUACAACGAGAUGCCGUAUGUGAAAGAACAUCCUUUCAUAAUUCUAGAGUAAAAGGUGUUUUCAUGGACAAGUACUCCGUUCUCCGAUUGAGAUACCACCUCCGUAGUUCCUCGGUGCAACUCAUCAUGGCGAGCUUCCUCCUCCUUGUGCUGUUCCCAGUCUUGUGCGGUGUGGCAGUGAUGGGCGAUCAGUACUAUUACCCCGGAUGUAGAAACUCCGUCAAAGCCGUUCCGAGCAUGGGGGAGGACUGUUCAGCGAUCCUCUGUUCCCAGCGCUACCGUCCAGUCUGCGGUAGCGACGGGGAGGAAUACCUGAACGACUGCCUGCUGUGCAAGGCGGCGUGUAGUCACAAGGCCCUGCACAAGGCCUGCGACGGAUUCUGCCCGUGCGGACGGCGCGUGGACGGGGACGGGGCUGCCCCGAGCCCCGUGCCGGUGUUGGAACCCACGCCUGGGCCCGGCAUCGUUCCCGGUGGAUUUUGUUUUGGGAAAGGAGCGUGUCCUUAA